AUGCGACCGUGCACUGUCGCGCUACUGCCAGCGCUGGCGGCCGCUCAUAGCAUCGCGCGCCUCUCGCGCGCAGCCAUCGACGCGUGCCGCGGCCUCGAUUGCUGGCCGGAGCCGGAGGACGCUGCGUUGGCGUGCUUCCACGCGAUCGCAGCGCUCGACGACGACGACGACGACACGACAUGCCCGGUGCCGCCGCAGGGCGAGUUCGCCUUCGCUCCGGACGUCGCGUUCGACGACCGCUUCGCGGUCGCGGAACCGCUCGCCCGCGCCGGCGACGGCGCCGCGAUGCAGACGGUCGGCCUGCUGCGCUACUACGGCGUCGGCGGCCCCCCGAAGGACGACCGUGCGAGCGCGCGGUGGCACGCGGCGGCGGCCGCGCGCGGUAACUGCGACGGCCUCGCCGUGCUCGGCGGCUGCGUGCGCCGCGGCGUCGGCGCGGACCGGCUCGAGGACGCGGGCGUGUCCCUCGUCGAGGCCGCCGCGGCGGCGGGCAGCCCCGUGGGCCUCUGCAAGCUGGGCGUCCUCUAUACCGACGGCGACUCCGGCCUGCCGCGGGACGCUACCCGUGCCUACGAUCUCUUCGAUCGGGCCGCGGCGUCCGGCUCCGCGCUCGGCCUCUUCAACCACGGCUGGGCGCUCGUGCACGGCGUCGGCGCGCCCCGCGACGUCGACCGCGGUCUGGCCCAGUGGGCCGCGGCGGCGCGCCUCGCGCCCGACGACGGCGCGGAGGAGGCCUCGUUUUUUCUGUGGGCGGAGCGCGGCCGCAUGGACCGGGAGCAGCGCGCGCGGUACCGGCCGGACGCGUGCCUCCGCCUCGCCGCGUCGCUCGGCUUCGAGCACGCUGUGGACGAGCUCGCCGCGGGUACCCGGGUGAUGGCAACCGCUAAGCUCCUCACAACACUGCUCGUCGCCGCGACCGCGCAGCGCGACUGCGCCUGCGAUCCGUCGCUCGGUCUGGCCUGCGCCGAGGCGCGCAUCGCGCCGUGGGAGCGCGACUGGCGCGACCUGCGCUGCGACCUGCGGUGCUGCGCGGAGGCCGCGACGCGCGCCCUGGGCUGGGACGUCGCGGCGAAGGGGCAGGCGGAUCCCUACGGCGCCCUCGUCGGCGGGCGGUCGCUGCGGCCGUUCUGCGACGGCGAGCUCGGCUGGGACCGGAAGCGACGGGCCUACGCCUACCGGCCGCUGUCGCCGCCGCCGCCGAAUCGCGCCGCCGUCGUCGUCUACUUUCGCGGCAUCGGACCCGGCUCCAGGGAGACGCGCGACGCGCGGUCGCCGCUCCUCGCCGCCGAAGCCGCCGCCCGCGCCCUGAACCGGUCCGCGGCUCUGUUGAUCGUCGCCGGCGACGCGACGUUCCCGCCGCCGGGCACGGCGCCCGUCGCGGGCGUCGACGUCUGGGCCGCGAACCCGGGCCCCGGCGCGACGGCGCUGCCGCUGGGCGUGAGCGCGGGUCCGAACGCGCGGUACGCGCGCGUCGUCGACGGCCUGCUCGCGGCGCCGGCGCCGAGGCUCGCGGACCGGCCGCGGCGCCUGCUCUGCCGCGGCUACCGCGUCGACGACGCGCGCGCGGCGGCGCUCGCGCGCGUCGGCGAGUUCUUCGAGGGCUGCGGCCCGGGCCGGCUCGACCGCGACGCCUACUUCGCCGCGCUCCGAGAGAGCCGCUUCGUGCUCUGCCCGCGCGGCUUCGGCGACGCGACGUUCCGCUUCUACGAGGCGCUGCUCGCCGGCGCCGUGCCCGUCGUCGACACGGCCGGCGACCAGGGCCUCGCGGCGCUCUACGCGGACUUCCCCGUCGUCGAGCUCGCGUCCUUCGACGAGCUCUCGCCGGCGGCCGCGGCGGACGGCGCGCCCGCCGCGCCCGGCGGCGGCGCGCGGCGGCGGGGGCUCGUCGCGGGCGCCUGCGCGGCGGCCGUCGUGGUCCUCGCGUCGGCGUGGCGCGGGUCCGCGGCGGCGCCCCUCGGGUCGGCGUCCCUGGCCGCCGUCGCCGCGGCGGCGGCGGCGGACGCGGACGACGACCACCCGAACGCCGGCGAGGCUCCCGGCGUCAUCAUGGCCUACAACGCGUACCAGCUCCGGGGCGACGACUUCGCCGGCGAGGGCUACCCCUUCGUCGCCCGCGGCGCCGUCGUCGAGCCCCACCGGGAGACCGUGCUCUACGCGAAGCACCUCGGCGUCGCCUCCGCGCACGCGUGGACGCUCGCGGGCCCCGGCGGCGAGGCGCUCCUGAAAACGCAGAGCGCCGAGCGCCUCGACGGCGGCGCCGCGGGCGUCCAGCUCGCCCUGCGCCACACCUUCACGCAGCUCGGCGUGCACACCGCGCGGCUCGCCGUGAGCGGCGACGGCGCCGGCGCGCGCGAGCUGUUGGCAACCGGCGUGCCCGGCGUCCACGGCCGGUCGAACUCGAGCCUGCUGACGAACGCGUCGAGCGCCCACAAGGCCUACGAGCGCGAGUUGUUGUCGACUUAUGUGAGACGCAACAUCUACACGACGUCGCGCGGCGACCGCGACCGGUUCCUCGACAGCUUCGUCAACCUGCAGGCGAUGAGCGACGCCGAGGCCCAGACCUGGGGCCCGGACUGCCACCCCUUAUCCUACUUCCUGUCCAUCCACCUCGAGAUGGCCGCGGGCCGCGUCUCCGACAAGUUCCACGACGGCAUGGGCUUCCUGACGCAGCACGCGUCGCUGACGAACGAGUUCGAGCUCGCGCUGCAGGCGCUCGACCCGACGGUGACCAUCCCCUACUGGGACUACACGCGCGAGGGCGAGGCCGUCUUCGAGGCGGACACGCUCGCCGCCGCCUGGGACACGGAGCUCUGGAACGACACGUGGUUCGGCUCGUCCGGCGGGCCGUUGCACACCGUGACGACGGGGCGCUUCGCGUACCAGGUCAUCGGGUCCGCGGGCAACGCGUCGCUGACGUCGAACCCCUACGGCCUCCUGCGCGCGCCCUGGAACGUGAACAAGUCGCCCUUCGUGAGCCGGCUCCACAAGUUCUGCAACUACUCCAUGGGCUACUCGAUCUGGCCCCGGUGCGAGACGCACUGGAAUUUAACCUUCUCCGCGUCCUACGAUUCCUUCUACGACUGGAUCUGGCAGGCGGGCUACGCGCCCCACGGGCCCGUCCACUACUACAUCGGCGGCUACACGAACUGCGGCGACCUAUUGGACGAGCUCGAGUACGUCGCGGGCGCGGACUCGCGCGGCGCGAUCGAGUCGUUCGCGCGGAUGAUGGUCGUCCUGCCCAAGCAGCUCUACCGCGCCUUCAUGACCAACUCGCCGACUUGCGCCAUGGACGUGCCCCAGGAGGAGUGCCACAUGAUCUGCACGCAGUCCAUGAAGAAGCCGGGCAUGGUCGACGACUUCAUGCGCGUCGUCACCGAGGUCGCGGAGGGCCUCAGCGGCACGGGCAUCCCCGUGGACUACAAGUGGCUCCAGACCAUGAACGAGUCCCAGGCGGAGCACCUGGCCAACGUCUUCUGCACGACGCCCUUCUCGCCGGGCGAGCAGAUCGAGGCCGCGUCGCCCGUCGACGUGUCCUUCUGGCCCAUCCACCCGACGGUCGAGCGCCUCCUCCAGUACAAGCGCCUCGUCCACGACUUCACGGACGUGACCUGGAACAACCCCGGCGAGAUCGACGGCGAGACGACGUGGUACUGCCAGGAGGGCAUCACCGUCUACGCCGCGAACCUCCACGGCGAGACGGACAACUGCAAGGGCCACCACGCGACGGACAUGACGCUCUUCAAGAGCCGCGUCAAGACGGAGCAGGGCUUCGACCGCCAGUUCCUCUCCAACAUCGAGCUCCUAUACGCCAUCAGCCCGGAGACGUACCGCAUGGGCUACAUCUACGACAACUUCAAGUGGGACCACUGCGCCGACAAGGGCUGGGACUUCCCGAAGCCCUCCUGGUCCGCGGCCGGGCCCCAGUCGCUGUCGCGGCCGAGCGCCGCGUCGACGAGCUCCUCCGCGGAGGGCGUGCGCUGGCGGCUCGAGAGCGGCGGCGGCUUCGGCGGCGCCGAAACCGCCGGGUCCGGCGCGGGCAGGAGUGGCGCGUUGAGGCGCGCCGCGUCGCCGGGCGGCGGCGCGCCGCGAAGCACGCCGGGGAGACAUACGGGCGCGAGGCCGCCGAGCGCGAAGGUCGUGAACAAGACGACGGCGAGCGUCAUGGCCUUCAUCUCCCGGUCGAAGGCCGUGCCGCCGCCCAUCGGAUCCUUCCUGGUGCAACUCCACGGCACCUCGCCGUUGUUGCCCUUCUUAUUCGAGACGAUGCGGCUGCCCAUUAUAGCGUUGCUCGGGUCCGCGAACGCCUUCGGCAACGUGACGCGGCGCCUCGACGCUUUGCCGCGGCCCGUCGCCGUCGCGGCCGUGGGCCCGGCGCCCAAGGCCGUCAUCCUCUUCACGCACCUGCGGCGCUGCGGCGGGAGCUUCGUCGAGGACGCGGUGCUCAAGCCCCACGUCGCCGCGGCGAAGCUGGGCAAGCCCCUCCUGUGCAAGGAGGGCGAGCUCGCGCGCCACGCGCGGCUCGCGCCGGCCGCGCGCGACCGGUUCGCGCGCGACCUCGCGGCCGCGCCGCUCGUCUGGCGCCACUGCCCCUACGGCGUCCACGCGCUCGCGGCGCCGGCGCGGCCCUACGUCUACGUGACCAUGCUGCGCCGCCCCUUCGCGCGCCUCGCGUCCUGGUUCGCCUACUGCGACGCCUACUCCAAGGACAAGUGCCACACGGCGCCGUACCGCGCGCGCGGCCCGGGCUCGAGGAUGCUCGCGUUCUACGACGCGCGGCGCCGCAAGUACGCGGCCGUGCCGCCGGCGAAGAUCGAGGCCGCGCGCAACGCGCCCGUGGCCAAGCUCGCGACCUUCCACCCGAACUGGCUCGAGCUCGCGGGCGGCGCGUUCCACGACCACCCCGUGCCCCUGCCGCCGGCGGCGCUCGACGCCGCGCUGGAACACGCGGCGACGGAGUACGCCUUCGUGGGCACGCUCGAGCGCCAGGCCGAGUCGCUCUGCGUGCUCGGCGCGCUCCUCGGCGCGCGCGUCGCGCCGGCCCGCGGCGACAAGCACAAGGGGCCGACGACGCACACGAAGGCGUCGGACCUCCCCGCGGACUUCGUCGACGCGUUCGCCGCCUACAGGGCAGGACAAGAGAGCGAAAUUCCCAACUUCAAAGGCUCCUUUCUCGGCCGUUUUCCACUCGCCGCGUACGCGAAGCUCGACGACGCGCUCUACGCGCGGGCCGACGAGCUCCUCGCGGCCCACGUCGCGCGCUUCCCCGCGUGCGCGCCCCCCUAGGGUCCGUGUCUAUGUG